CUUCGACAACACCAUUGCCAGAAUUGACUGUUCACGAUGGAAGAGAACGGAGAUGUGGAGAUGACUGGUCGCAGUCCAUCUCCAUCGCGUGGUACAAAAAGAUCUGCAGACGAAGCCUUCAACAGAGCACCGCCACCUAUUCGUGCUCUCCACCAGGAUGUUGUCAACAAGAUUGCUGCUGGUGAAAUCAUCGUCUCACCCUGGAAUGCCUUGAAGGAGCUUAUCGAGAAUGCGGUUGACGCUGGAGCGACCAUGCUUGAAAUUCUGGUCAAAGACGGAGGAUUGAAAUUGCUACAGAUCAGCGACAAUGGCCAUGGUAUCAACAAAGCCGACUUGCCUCUCUUGUGUCAAAGGCAUACAACCUCCAAGAUCAAAGAAUUCGAAGAUCUCACUUCAAUCGGCACCUACGGAUUCCGUGGCGAGGCACUUGCCAGUAUCAGUCACAUUGCUCAUCUUACUGUCACUACAAAGACACGCGAAUCGAGUUGUGCAUGGAAGGCUUACUACACAAAUGAGAAUCUCACACCAGUCAAGCCUGGGCAAACUCCAGACCCCAAACCUUGUGCUGGCAAACAGGGAACACAGAUCACUGUCGAAGAUCUCUUCUACAACGUGCCAACUCGCAGACGGGCCUUCAGAUCUAGCAGUGAAGAAUAUGCCAAGAUUCUGGACAUCAUUGGCAAGUACUCUAUCCAUUGCAAGGGUGUCGCGUUUUCUUGCAAGAAACAUGGUGAGGCUGGAACAAGUCUCAAUGUGCAGAGUCACCUUAGUAUGGUCGACCGCAUUCGCACAGUGUUCAACAGCGCAGUGGCAAAUGACCUGAUAUCUUUCGAGGUCGCUAACGAUCGCUGGGGAUUCAAGUCAGAGGGACUGAUCAGCAGUGCCAAUUACUCAGCGAAGAAGUCAACGUUCUUGCUAUUCAUAAAUCACCGCUCAGUCGAAUCGACGGCAAUCCGCAAAGCCAUCGACCAAACGUAUGCGACUUUCUUGCCCAAAGGAGGCAAGCCAUUUAUCUACCUCAGUCUUGAUAUCGAUCCAGCCAGAGUUGACGUCAACGUUCAUCCGACGAAGCGUGAAGUCGGAUUCUUGAACGAGGAAGAGAUUGUCGCAGUUAUUUGCGACGAGAUCCGUACCAGACUAGGCGCAGUCGACACAAGCCGUACCUUCAUGACACAAUCAUUACUAGGAUCGAAGAAGACCACGACUCCAAUAACACCAUCAGCACAAGUCCAAGGUGAAAUGUCGUUCUCCACACCAUUGCUUCAACACCAGGACAGCACGGGCUCUGUCAAAUCCACAACUCCGAGAACAACAGGAAAGCCAUACGAGAACAACCUGGUUCGAGUCGACUCACGUGUCCGCAAGAUCACAUCCAUGCUUCCUCCUACCCUAUCUUCCUCUCCAAGCAAGGGAAGUAGGGCAGAGGGCUUUGCCGAGGACGCGGAGUACGAGUUUGUUGAAAAAGAACAAACGACCAUCCGCCUCACUUCGAUUAAGGAACUUCGUGCAGCCGUGAGGGAAGAGCUUCACAGUAGUCUGAGUGACAUGUUCUCGAAUCACAGCUUUGUGGGCCUUGUGGAUACUACCAAAAGGAUCGCCGCUGUUCAGUCGGGCGUCAAACUUUUCCUGAUUGAUUAUGGUAUGGUUGGCGCGGAGUUCUUCUACCAACUCGGCCUGUCCGACUUCAGCAACUUCGGUACCAUCAAGUUCAAGGAGCCGCUGAGCGUGGGAGAUCUCUUGCGCAUAGGAGCGGAGUAUGAGCGCAAACGGACACCGAUCGACGACCAAGAACUGGACUGGAAUGAGGUCGUGCAAGUGACUUUGGAGCAACUCGUGCAAAGCAGAGGUAUGCUCAAGGAGUACUUUGCUCUCGAAAUCUCCGAGGAUGGUGAGCUGUUGAGUAUCCCUCUCUUGCUCAAGGGGUAUCUUCCAUGUAUGGCCAAGCUACCAACCUUCCUGCUCCGACUCGGUCCUCAUGUCAACUGGGAUGAUGAGAAGGAUUGCUUCGACAGCUUCUUACGUGAACUGGCUUCUUUCUACUCUCCCGAGGCCCUUCCUGCUGUGAACACAUCCACUGAAGCUUCACAAGACGCGCAAGAUGAAAUCAACAAACAUCGUGCCCACCUGGAAAGAGCGAUUGAAAACACGAUAUUCCCAGCCUUCCGAACAAGACUCGUCGCAACCAAGAGCCUCAGAAAAGCAGUCGUCGAGGUAGCAGACCUGAAAGGACUGUACCGCGUGUUUGAAAGAUGUUGAGCGUUCGCAGAAAUUGCUCUUUUUAUGUUGCUAUGAUACCACCUACAGUUUUUUUCUUCCUUCUUCUGUUGUUUGUUAGCAAAGGCAUUUUCGAGAUUAGCAGUUUAGACACUAGUUUGUUAAAGAUGCAUGUAAAUACAAUCGGCAUCUUUAAACAUGACACAAAGCAGUU